GGAAUUUUCUACUGGAUAUAUGCAGGGUGAAGUUGGUUCCAAGUGCUGACCUAAAAUGAGAGGUCCGCUGGGAUUUGUAGCCCCAUGUUCAGUGCGAUUCAGCCCGGUUAUGGGGUUCUGCAGCCAGGCGGCGCUGCCCUGAGGAGCCAGACAGCCACCUCCUGGAGCCGAACCUUCCACCAGGAGGCGGAGGUCUCCUGGGCUGCCUUCCCGGCCCAGCUGACCUCAGAGGCAAGUCUUCAAGAGGUGGCUGGCCCCGGGUCUCUCCUCAGCGACUGAUGAUGUCAAACUCUACGCUUCAGUGAUUGGUUUAGCCGAAAUGAGACAGGCGGCUAUUGGAGAUGCUUUGUGGAACCGUGAUGUGGAUCUGGGAGGAAGCUGGGCACCCUGGACUCGGUGGUAGCUCCCAUUUACUGAGGGUGUGAAGGUAUGGACCAUGAGCAGAAGCCAGGAGCCUGCUGGCACCUGCUGCAGCUUCUGUGGCUGCUGCCCUACUCCUGGGCGGUGCCCGAAGCCCCUGCUCCAGUGCUGUGGGAUGAGCUGCAAAACCACACAUUUCGGCACACUGUGUUCUGCCAGGAUGGGAAUCCCAGCAUAGGGCUCUCCGAGUCCUACGACGAAGAUCAGCUCUUCUCCUACGACUUCUCCCAGAACACCAGAGUACCCCGGCUGCCUGACUUUGCUGACUGGGCUCAGCAACAGGGAGACACCUCUGCCAUUUUAUUUGACAAAGACUUCUGCAAAAUAUUGACCCAGGAAAUCGGUCCGCAGUUGGAAGGGCUAAUCCCAGUGUCCAGAGGUUUGCCUGUGCCUGAGGUGUACACCCUGAAGCCCCUGGAGUUUGGCAAGCCCAACACGCUGGUCUGUUUCAUCAGCAAUCUCUUUCCGCCGACCUUGACUGUGACCUGGAAGCAUCACUUUGUCCCCGUGGAGGGGGCCAGCCCCACGUACAUCUCAGCCAUCGAUGGACUCACCUUCCAGGCUUUCUCUUACUUAAACUUCACACCGGAACCCUUUGACCUUUACUCCUGUGUCGUGACACAUGAGAUUGACAGCUACACACCAAUUGCCCACUGGGUACCCCAGAAUGCCCUCCCUUCAGAUCUCCUAGAAAAUGUGUUGUGUGGUUUGGCCUUCGGCCUAGGCCUUCUGGGCAUCAUCAUGGGCAUUGCCUUCUUCAUAUGGUCCAAGAAGCCUUGUUCAGUUGACUGAUUCUUCUGACCAGAGCUUGGAACAGCACAGGCCUUGCCAGCAGGGAUGCCCAGGGUCCCUGUGCCUACCCAGGGACUCUCAUUGGAGCAGAAGACCCUGGGACAGCUCAGGCUGUGUGUCAGUGUGCAGGUGUCUCACUUGGGGGCUCUGCUGUCCCUGAAGUUGCAUCCAGAAGAGUCCAGAUCAGGAGCCCAGGGCGCCACUUCUUACCACCUCAUACCUUCCCACUCUGAAGAAAUAAAUCUCAUUUCUUAACAUUAAUUUGACCUCUCCCUUCCACACUAGGCAAGCAUUCUGCCACCAAGCUGUACCCCAUUUCACUAUGCCUUCUUUACUUGUAGGUUUUGAUUCUGGACUCCUGACUCAUUUCACAGUCGGCAUACCUUAACCUGGAGGGAAAGCCACUCUCCCAACCAAACUCCAGUACCCUGAUCUCAGCGGAGUUGAUGGUGGCUUUUUAUCUCAUCAGCUUGUGUAAAAUACAUAAGAGGAAGGUAGAGAGCGUUUCCAAUAAUCAAUAAAAUGGUUGAGGAAAUU